AUGUCCAAAGGAAGAGGCAUUAGAACUCAAAAGGCGUACAUUUGCGUAUUCAUAUGCAUGUCAACCAAGGCAAUACACCUUGAGCUGGUAAGCGAUUUAACCUCAGAAGCCUUCAUCGCUGCAUUCAAGCGGUUUGUUGCAAGAAGAGGAAAAUGUAGCGAUAUAUGGAGUGACCAGGGACGAAACUUUGUUGGUGCCAACAAAGAGCUGAUGGCUGCAUGGAAAGAAGCAAAUCUGGUCUUCGAAGGUGUAAUAUCAAACACACUGGCAAUGGAAGGAACGCAAUGGCAUUACAUACCAGCGUACUCACCGAACUUUGGUGGUUUGUGGGAAGCAGGUGUAAAGUCGGUCAAACAUCAUUUGAAACGCGUUCUCUCCACCAACCUCACGUACGAAGAAAUGAUUACCGUGCUGUGCCAGAUAGAGGCCUGUCUCAAUUCCAGACCGCUGUGUCCUAUCGACGACAAAGAUCCAGACUGCAUAGAAGUACUUACACCUGGACACUUCCUUAUUGGUGAAGCUCCUAUCGUUGUACCGUCGCCUGACUUCAAAGACGCAAAGAUGCAUUCCCUUUCCCGGUGGCAGUACACACAAAAGUUGCUAGGUGAUUUCUGGCGACGUUGGCAACAAGAAUACUUAACAAGAUUACAACAACGUCCCAUUUGGUUAAAGAAAAUAGAAGAGUUCAAGGUCGGUGAUGUUGUUUUAAUAAAGACCGACGGAUUACCACCAGGAAAGUAUUCCCUGGGUCGUGUUAUAGAGAAACACCCCGGAGAGGACGGCGUUACCAGAGUCUACAGUAUAAAAAGCGGCAACAGCAUAGUGAAGAGAUGUUGUUCAAAGUUAUGCGCAUUACCUAUUGAUUUUGAAUAA